CAGAUGGCUAACAUCUACGACGCGAGCACGGGUCAGAAGGUCGUCUCGCUGUACGACAAGGACUACUGCAACAACUAUGCCAAGAACAUUGCGACCUUCAACCCCACCGACGACCUUGUGCUCAACGACGGCGUCCUCUGGGACCUGCGCACGCAGCGCCCCCUGCACAAGUUCGACAAGUUCAACCCUAACAUCAGCGGCUGCUUCCACCCGCUCGGUCUCGAGAUCAUCGUCAACUCGGAGAUCUGGGACCUACGCACAUUCCACCUGCUGCACACGGUGCCGGCCCUCGACCAGUGCCAGGUGGUGUUCAACAAUGCCGGUGACGUCAUAUACGGGGCGAUGCACGAGGAGGAGGAGGACGACACGGCGGAGGACUACCACCGCAGUCCCUUCGGCUCCUCCUUCCGCACCUUCGACGCCACCGACUACUCGAACAUCGCGACGAUUGAUGUGAAGAAGAACAUCUAUGAUCUGUGUACGGACAAGUCCGACUGCUUCAUCGCUGUGAUAGAGAACGUGACGGGGGAGGACGUUCCGGAGGAGAGCUUGUGUCGCAUCUACGAGGCCGGGCGGACGCGCGAGCAGGGGGAGGACAUGGAGGAGGAGGACGAGGAGGAGGGUAUGGACGAUGAUGAAGACGACGAUGACCAGGACAUGUCGCUGUACCAAGAUGGCGACGACGAUGACGACCAGAUCGACAUUGCGAGCGACAGCGAGGCGUCGACGAUCGAGGAUGAGGAGAACGACGACAGCGAGGACGACGAUGAUGACGAUGACGACGACGACGACGCGAUUGACGACGACGACGACGACGACGACGAAGAGGUGUUGUUUAGUCUAGUGGAAUUGUGAUGCGGCGCCGUCAACGCACGCACAUACACACGUCGGGGAGAGUGGGGGAGGGGCAGGGAGGGAGGUAGCAGGUCAGGGGAUACGUUCUAAGAGUCUGUUGCGUUCUAAUAUCAGUUCACUUUCGUCGUUUUUUUUGAACGACGGACGUUAGAUCGGAUGGCGGCGCGCGAAAUCGCGGCGACUGUGAGAUGAGAUGAGCGUCUGCCGUGAGUCGUUGCUAAGUUACGGUGCCGCGUGUAAUAGCUGUUGUUUCCUGCGCUGUGGUUGGUGGGUGCGUUUAUCGCCGGGGCUGUGAUUGGUGGGAAUGUCUCCCUGUUCUGUGAUUGGUGGGCACAGGUUAUCUAGGUGCCCUAUGAUGUAUACACUAAUGUGUGUUCACAUCUGCAUAUCCAGGGUAGAGGGAGCGGGAGAUAUCCAGCUCCAGGGUAGAGGGAGUGAAAGAUCUCAAACUGCAGGGUAGAGGUAGUUUGAAGUCUCUAUAUUAGGAUACGGAUAGCAGGAGAUCAGUAGAUGCAGGGUGGAGUUGGUAGGGGCUUAUGAGUGGCAGAAUGGUGGGAGUCUUUCGCGAUGGAACACAGUGGGUAGGUUAGGCCGGUAGUUACUCAUGCAAGGAAAGCUGCCGGUAAAAACAGUAGAAGCUGCGUGCAGUGAGGCGUCUGCUGCUGCAGUAGCCGUGGUAACCAUGCUGCGUCCGUCAGACGCGCACGUCAAACGUAGAUGCUCCCGAUUUGCUCAAACCCUUCGAUCUCAUCGCCUCGACGAUAGCAGUAGAACGCACCUAGAUGGCGCUGGCGUAGCUCAACGAGAUGACGUCUCCGGGGCGCCGCGCGCGAUACCGUAGGCAAGAGGCGCCCCCUGUUGUGCGAGAUUCUAAUGCGUGGUCUUCUCUUCCAGUGCACAAUCCAGUGAUACAGACUGCAAUGUGGGAAGCUCCUCUGGGCCUUGUACUAUUAUUGUAUGAUAGUAGUAGAUGUCGGCAGCGCAGGCGGUUGCGGGGACCAUGCUCGCAGCGGGCGGGUGCGGGUGUAUGAGCAGGGGGAGCAAUCCUCUUACUGUGUAAGUGGGAUUGCGUAGUACCGCUACUUAUAUAUGGUGCUACUAUACCAGCCUUGCUCCGAGUCUCAGCACUGUGUUGUCUCUCUCUCUCUCUCUCUCUCUCUCUCUCUUUCCCUUCUUACUCAUAGUAAUUCACUCUCUCACAGUCUGUGCCCGGCAGGCAAUUGAACGUCCAUGAGCACAAAAGUCGAUGGCAUUUUAGAUGUAUAGUACGUAUUAUUUCGUUCCUUGGCGGUCAUGCUGUUUCUCUAGCAUUCGCGCCGCCGAGUUUUUAACUACAUGUUUGAUAAACCAACCGCGAGCACUAGUGGGGUCACUUUCGAUCGUGAGUGUGUACGCAAGCCGUCGUCGCAGAUUUAACUCCUAUCUCUAUCGUGAGAUGUGUCGUGUUAGCGCGCCUUCUCCGGUGCGAAUCGAUCGGCUGGAGAGCUGGUGAUACUGUCCGAACGUGGCAAGUACCAGGUGUGGGGAGAACAAGCCAUUUUGGCGGGGGCCGGACGAUAUCGUGUCUUAGUGUAGAAUUUGCCGCCCACGAAGUACGUUGUUACGCGGUCGAGAAGUCGUGUGUGUGCUCCUUGUUGGCUGGACUAACUUUCAGCGAAGUGUCUAAUAUGUGGAUCGAUUGAACAGCGGUCCGGCUGUAGAGUUCUGUAUCUUGUUGUUGCUCUCUAGAAAUGCUACCCCGCGCGCGCACACUCACCCACGCAUGCACGCGUGCGCGUGCGUACCGCAGCAUUCGCUUGUACAUAUAUACGUGCUGGUGCGCUAUUGUAGUAGUGUGUGGCUGUAAGUGGUCAGCCAGCAAAGGCUGUGUGUGUGUGUUCGCGUGAUCGAAAUUUACAAAAUAUAAAUGAGUAGUUGUGUGCGACGCGAUUGCGUUGUCGAGCUUAUUGGAAAAUAAAGCGAUAUUUUGUGUAAGUUUAUUA